CGAUUUUCAACAAAUAUUCAGCGUCAAACGACACAUCUUUUGAGACCGACUUAUUUUCCUUGAAAGAAAAAGACAACAUCAAGGCUGAAUAAGAAGAAUAGUGCUUUGGGCACACUUGUUCGCCUUCACCGAACAGGAACUUCCUACGUGUGAAGAUGGCGAACAUCAAAUUUGAGGAUCUUGCCUUGCAGUAUGUUCUCGCCGAUGAGAAUGACCAGGAACGGGAAAUAUCAGAGAAGGCCGCUAAAGCCAUUGAAGAGGCUACAAACACCCGAGUAACCCUUGGCCAGUGGGUUGCUUCUAUAAAACGUUGGAUCCAGCCAAGUGAUGAUACUGCUGCCGGCGACAACAUCAUCGCACGGGCCAAAGCAUUAGAUUUUCUUGCCGCCACCCUUGGCGUCCUCAGGAAAAGAAACGUUUCUCUUAAAGCCGACCAAGUUAAGCUUCUGGUCACUUUCUUCGGUUCCCUCUUUUCAAGUGAUCACCGGGCUGGUGUCACGGCUUCCGCAAAAGCCUUGAGGCAUCUAAUUAACACUAAAUCAUUCCAACCUACCUGUGGAGAUGAUAUAAUUACCAACAUCUGUAGACUGGGCGAAGACUUCAAGUUACAAGCCCCAGCCACACGUCUGGAGCUUUACGACUUAUUUUUAGAGCUCCUCCAAAACCCUGCUGUGGCCAAUGACCUCGAAUAUCGACAUGGAAGCGCGUGCGGAUUUAUUACCAACCUUCUAGACCUAUGCAGGAAUGAAAGGGAUCCUCAGAAUUUGAUGAAAUGGUUUACGAUCCUGAAGAUAUUCCUCCAGAACUUCUCACCUUCGGAGGACGUCACAUUGGAGGUUUUCAAGACCUUUUCGGCUUAUUUCCCCAUCUCACUUCGAGCGAACGCAACACCAUCUGGCAUCACAGCUGAUGAUUUGAAAAGCGCUGUGCGUUCAUGCUUCGCUGCUCAUUAUCGGGUUGCCAGCCAUGCAAUACCGUAUCUCCUCAAUAAGCUUGACCAGGGCGACGCGGUCACCGUUGCCGUUAAGGUUGAUAUCUUGCAGACAAUCGAUGCCUGUGUGGUACAAUAUGAACAUCCAAAGCAGAGUGUUGUUCCUUUCGUUGAUCAAAUAUGGGGGUCGCUCAAAUACGAAGUUCGAAACGGCGAGGUUCCUGAUACCAUCAAGGCCACCUUGAAAGUUAUACGAUCUAUAACUACCCGACUCGACGAUGAUGAACUACGGUCCUUCUUAUCAAGUGCCUGGAGGGAUCUAGUCGAUGAUCUGUCCAACCCCACUUACACGGCCCAAGCUGGUCGACUGUUAGUGGCAAUUGCUGGGGCUGGCUUCCAGUCAUUUUCCAUGAUCACAUCUCAGGCCAUUCCCAGUAUUCAGACUACGCUUAAGCAAGCUCAAUCUUCAAGCCAUAAGCAGGAACUUUUGACAUUAUUGAACUCGAUCCUUGCUGUACGAUCACUCCUGAUUAACACGUUGAAGGACAAUACGAAUGUUGAUAGGAGCUCUGAUCUGUUGAAAGAUGAGCUUUUUGGCGAUUACCUCUUUUCUACAUUUUACCUCCCCCUGUGGGAAGAAAUCUCAGACGGCCAGGGGUCUGUCGAGCAAGUAGGCAUUCUCAAGAAGAUCAUGGAAGGAUUUGCAGCCCUGGUGGGCCAGCAAUCUAGUGAUGCUAACCCAUGUCGUCAAUUGUGCUCGACCUCAACCUGUGAGAAGAUCUUUGGAUGGUUGGCCGGUCCAUCCAUCGUCAAUCCCUUGGAAAGCAGACAGUUUAGCGAAGGGAUUGCUGAUAGUGAAGCUAAUCAAGAAAUCCGGGAUUCUGCGGUUAUGGCAUUGAAGGAUGCAGUAUCUCUGUAUCCUCCUGCAUUCCAGAUGUUAUUACAACAAUAUUUCACGUCGCUUACGAAGUCAUACUGGCAUCGUCUAGCUUCGCGUGAUCUUCCUUUGGAGAUCAAGCUUGUUGCUAGUACGCUGUGUGAGGUUGGCUGCUCAGAUCUACUUGGAAAGCAGUCGCCAUUGUCAAAUACGGUUUCGUUGAUUAACAUACUACUGGAAGGACUGCUUUGGAUGCUAUCCCAACAAGCGCCACCAAAAUACUGGACGCCGUUCAUCUGCUCCAUUCAUCUAUGCGUUAUUCAGUCUCUAGAUUCCUUAUUAAGUCAAGCAGAUAACCCUUCCAAACCAAAAGCACAGGGUAUUACGAAGGAAUGGUUUACCCAGUUUUCGAAGAACCUUGUGGACGCUGGAGCACCUCAAAUUGAUUUGGAUAAGCUAACGGCAUCGAGUUUCAUCACAUCUCUGACAGGACAAAAUAUUGAAGGCUCCAAUGCUCGUAAGGGAUUGUUGGCAUAUUCCGUCUUCGUCGUAGCGCAACUAUACCGUCGUUUCACGUCUGUCCAUCAUGCGUCUGGAAAGAGCACCGGCGCUCCACCGCACAUAGCCCUGGGGAAAGAUUUUAGUGCUAGGCAUGCUUCUAUCGCCGAUGAAGAUAUAUGCAUUCAUCAACUCGGCCUUUUGGCUGCAUCGAUUAUCCGAGGCUUGAGCGAAGAUGAGCAGAAAGCCUUAGAAGUAGGCAAAGAUGCCUUUACUCUUUUCAAUGACACUACGAGCGAAGAGGUUGUUCCUAAAGGAGAUUUAUCCGUUGAAAUUACCGGAGUGAGCCUAUUAGACGAUCUGCGUACAGCGCCGUUAUCAAUGGGUAUCCUUCAAGGUCUCUACCCUGGUGUGAUAAGUCCAGAGCACCAUAUUCACGCUCUGAAGCGUCUUUGUACCAUCCUGACCUCAGUUCAGGAGCCUUGCUUGGAUACAACACGAGCUGCAUUAGACAUUAGUCUUACGAUACUGUCGAACAAGCUGCGCGUUGAAGAUAAGAUCUAUAGUCAAGCGAAAGUACAAAUCCAGCAAACUCUGAUAGAAACACUGAUGAAAAUCUUGAAUAAGGAGUCAAGAUCUAGCUUGGAUGCGUCCAACGACAUUUGCAUAUUCAGGAGUAUUCUUCACUUCUUGGCUGGCGACGUAGCCCGGUUUCGAAGCAUCCCUGCGGAACAAAAUGCAUUACUCAAGUUGGUGUGCGAUAGGGCACCAUUGGAGCCUACAUUGGGUCGGCAACUAGCGAGCAAUUUCCAAGUACUCGUAAGUCCUAAGGAGUGCUUAGAAAAAGCGAACCACGCGAUCCAAAAAAGACUGAAUGGCGAAUGGUUGUACUUCCAAGCCGUCCAGCCUUAUCUGAAGGAGUGUUUCCCCAAUUCGGGCUUGGAUGAGACGGCCACUGUCAAUCGUGCUGUGGCUAUAUUCGGCAUCUUGAAGCACUUAAAGUACGAACAAUAUGCCAGUGACAUUGGACAGAUCGUACGGAUUGGCAUCCGCUCAUUAUCUACCUUUGAUGCUGGUAUCGAAAUGGAGUCCUGCCUCAGCGUCCUACUGCAGAUCCUCGAGAAGGAACCGAACGAGCUCAAGGAGCAUCUAGCCGGUCUGAUAUUAGGCAUAAUUACGAUUUAUGGGACGGCGAGAAAGACACCUAAAACCACGGAAUCCGAAUGGUACCCUACAGCGAAGGCCAAAGAGAAGGGACGCGUGUUGUGCCGGAAGUUUGCGCUAGAGUUCUUCCAGAAGUUGCCCCAGACGUACGAGACGCAGUAUCUCGUGCCUCAUAGACAGCUACUUCUACGCCCGCUGUCCACGGCUUGCGGAGAUUCGGUUAGGGAGAUUCGACGCACGGCACUAGCGGCUAGGAAGGCUUGGGAAGCUCUGGCUUAAGGGUGCCAGGUCUUCUUGCUAGAUUUGACUAGGGAACAUAUGAAUGGCAUAAGAGACAUGAGGAGAAUGGUGGACGUGGUAAAGAUAACUGCUCACGCAAAAGCUGGCAUAUCAGAUUUCCUAAGUUAGUUCCCAGGUACCUACCUGGCUAGACAGGUUUUUGCGAACAUUCUGCAUGCUAGGGGGCA